UUAUGUAGCACUUGUUGUAGCCUAGCAGACGCUUCGUAUUGACAGCGACGUUAGAUAAAUACUGGUAGGAGCCGAGAGUAACAACUGAGUGUCAUGGCAGCCCUUCAGUUUUACGACGCUGUCAUAAGCGGCAACCUGCGCAGCGUCAUCGAGGUAGCUGCACGCCAUAAAUUCGACCUAAACGACUUCUUCCGAGACUUUCGUGAAAGGGACCACCAAGGAAAAUGUCCCCUUCACGUGGCCGCGUUGAAAGGGUACAGGGACAUGGUGCGGUAUUUGAUUGAUUCUGGAUGUGACGUCAACAAGCAGACGGCAACGUUACGUCGCACGCCGCUUCAUUUUGCCGUCAAUGGCCGCCGGAUGGAUUGCUUUCGCGCACUCAUAGCAGCUAACGCAGAAUUAAAUUUGGUGGAUACUUUUGGGUAUCCGGCCCUCCAUUAUGCGGCAGAGCACGGGCUCACGGAUAUGCUUGACAUUCUCAUCUCGAAGGGUGCCGAGAUAGAUAUUCAAGACAUUACCAUGAAAACGGCCCUUAUGAAGGCCGUGCGUAGCCUGAAGACCCAGAGCGUGAAGAAAUUGCUAAAGGCUGCAUGUAAAGUAAACGUGCAGAACCAACAUGGCGACACCGCCCUUCACUUUGCCUCCCGAAUGGGUGCGUGCGAGAUGAUCCGACUGCUCAUCGAAAGCGGUGCCGAGCCCAACGUCGAAAAUAACUGGGGACAGACGCCGCUGAUGGAGGCGGUGAAUUACAACCGGAGCGAAGCCGUCAAAAGACUCGUGGACCUCGGAUGUGACGUGAACACCAGGAAUCAGAGCAAGGGAGAAAUCGCUUUACACGCUGCAAUGAGAAAGAACCACACGGCCAUAGUGAGAAUUCUCUUGGAAGCAGGAUCCAGGGCUGACAUCUUAAAUCAUCAAGGCGUAUCUCCAGCCUUUGAAAUCGCGGCUCACAAUUACGUCGACACCCUUAAAGUUCUCAUUAAGCUUAACUAUGACUUAGACACCCCAGGACGUACGUCUGGCCCUGCUGGUCCGCUUCAGGUGACAGAGACGCUGUACCAAAUCGCCAGCAGGGCCGGCCAUCUUGAAAUUUGCGGCCUUCUUGCUCAAUACAACUGCGAUUCCUUUUGGAUACGAGACGGAAAUGUGGCGCAUGAACAGUACACUUCCGUUACAAAACCGAUGUCCUGGCUAAACGUCAGUGGUCCGUUGCAAUCCUGUUGCAGAAAAUCUAUCAGAAAGGUUCUUGGAAGAAACAUUUUCACGAGUGUCAAAGAGUUGCCUCUUCCAAAAUCCAUACAGGACUUUGUAUGUGCCGGAGAAUUGUGUCUUGAUUAGAGACUGUCUCAGCUAUUGUACUACUCGGUAAUCAGGAUGUCUUUUUUAUUUGAUGCUGUAUAUGUGGGACGCUGGAUAAGGGGGUUUGAGCAAUAAUCUCAUCACAGUGUUACAAACUCUACUCGCUUCCGAGCAUUCGUUAUUUCAAUUUUUGACCAUAGUUAAUCUUAUUCUUCAAUUAUUAUUAUUAUUAUUAUUAUUAUUAUUAUUAUUAUUAUUAUUAUUAUUGACAAAAUAAGCAGUGGGUUCUGUCAUUUGAGAAUCAUCGGUAUGAUGUUUAAAGAUCCAUACAAACCACAUCAAGGAGGAUUUGGGAGAUGCCCAAUCUUUGUUUUUUAUUAACCCCCUUUCCCUGCACACGAAUCUGCCAAUGAACAUGAUCGAUCCUUAAAAAUGCAUAAUCAGGAUCGGAUUAUUUAAAAUUAACUAUAGUCAGCUGAUUGACUGAAAACAAGAACUGCCUUCCAUUUGGACUACCUCGGAACUUUACGGAAACGGCCGAGCAUGUCUUGAUUGGACGGAAUUCCUCAGUCUUGGCUCGGUAUAACUAUUUCACUAAUAUCUGUAUAGAUCGUGCAUUUUUCGUUGGUAUUGUACAUAACCUCUAAAUCUGUACCAUCUUACAAUGUAUACUGACACAGCUGUACGAGUAUCGGCACGGGAUGUUAUUUUUUAUACAUUUGAUUUUGUACAUUUAUUAUUAUUAUUAUUAUUAUCAUUUGAACAGGUCACUUUUAAGCCGGAGAAAAAGGAAGGGAACGGGACAGCCUCCUUAGAGAACUUUUUAAAAAGGAGAUGGAGGGAUAGAGGAUUAUUUUGUCAUUGCAAAAUUCUGUCUAAUUCAAAACCGAUCUUUUUUUUUUUUUUUUUUUUGAUAACAAUUUUUAAUUAAAGUCGUGACGUGUUCAGGUAGGAUUUAAGUAUUUUAGCUUAUUGUCUGUUUUGAUGACCCUUGAAAACGGGUUUUGUGCGUUAGAAAAGUACAUGUACUUGUCGUGGAAUUCACGUAUCAGCUGGCAAUGAUACGAAUUUAAGUAUAUGGUUACUAUUAUCUAGUAAGAAAAAGCACCAGAGAGACAGGCAGAUAUUAUAUACAAUAAGGUUAUAAAACCGACCAAAACCUAGCUGUAUCAGUGUCUAUCAUAAGACCCUACUUAGAGAAUGGACUAGCGUCCGUUUCUUAAAUACCAAAAUGCCAACAAAUGGUGCUAAGACUGACCAAAGUUUUUUUUUUUUUUUGCAACUUGAAGAACAGGAACAUGGGAGACGUGCUAAAAUGAAAACAGACCAUGC